GUCACCCCAUAUGUGAGUGAAGGAAUUUUUAAGAAAUAGAAAGAAGUCGCUAAUUUAUGCGACACGGCGUCUUCAUUUUGAGUUUCAAUUGCUUAACUUUUUAAAGACAGUUGCGAAACAUUACACUGUGCCCUUGUAGAACGGAUAGAGAUAGUUCGUGUGAGGGCUAUAGUUGUAAUAAAUAAUAGGUAUUUAGAAUAUUAUAUCCAAAAUGGGCGAUCAACAGUUUUUCCUGAAAUGGAAUGAUUUUCAAACGAAUAUGGUGACUUCGUUCAGGCAUUUAAGGGACGAGAAAAGCUUCACCGACGUGACACUAGCUUGUGAAGGUCAAACAUGCAAAGCGCACAAAAUGGUGCUCUCAGCGUGUAGUCCAUACUUUAAAAGCUUACUAGAGGAAAACCCCUCGAAGCACCCCAUAAUAAUCCUGAAGGACGUGUCGUACCUGCACCUGCAAGCCAUCCUGGAGUUCAUGUACGCAGGAGAAGUGAACGUGUCUCAAGAACAGCUGCCAGCCUUCCUGAAGACUGCCGCCCGCCUCAAGGUGAAAGGUCUAGCCGAGCCGCCGCCACAGAUGCCCAGCAUCAAGCGGGAAGGCUAACGACAGCCUCCGCACCUGUCCCCGCCUGCAGACCCUGGGACCCCGGCAGUUUUGUAUCCCCAACGUUUAGACCCUAUCAAACAACAGUGUUGAAGACUGUAAGUUA